CCACACCGCACGCCGUCCGCCUCGGGCAGCCUCCGCGGCCUGCUCAACGACUCGCCCCCGCCCAGAGAGCCCCCCCGCGCCGCCUCCGUCCACGAAGACGCAGAGAGCCACAGGCCCAAGCUGAGCAACAUCCUCAACGAUGCAGAGCCCCCCCGCCAGCGCAGCAUGCUCCCGCCGCAGCAGCCGAUCCACGCCGAGCUCGAACACGGCCGCCGCACGUCUGCCGGCAGCCAUGCCGCCCAGCUCGCCCGCUCGCCGUCCAUGAGCCUCUCGCCCCGGAGCCAGAACCAGUCGCUGCCAUAUCCGAGCUCGCGGCCGGGAUCAGCCGCCGGGUCCGCCCAUCCCUUCGGGUACGAUCCCAGGCAAGGGACCCUGUCGCCCGUCUUGUCUGCCAGGCGAACGUCCGAGGACCAGCCUAGGCCGACGUCUUCGAGUUCCGCCAGUGGGCGUCGCUACACUGAGCCUGCUUCACAGACGCCUGCGCCGGCACCGUUGGGCUCGUCAGCGUAUCGCCCCCGUCAUACGUCUACUCCAGGCAACCCGUCAUCGGCGUACGCGCCCCGUUUCACGCCGCAGCCUACCACCACACCCUCCUCGCCGUCCACAUCACAGCACACGCCGUACACCCCGCACCAUUCGGCGCCUCCUCGGAUACUCCAUUACAACCCGCAUCGGCAGUCUGCACCAUCGUCCGUCCUGCGUCCGAUCUACCCAGAUGAAGUCGCCCAUCUUCGCCAGCUGGCGCACGCUAACAAUCCGCUUCGGCAAAAGCCCGCGGCAAGGAGGUACUCCUACUCUGGCGGCAGAGCUCCUGAACCUACACCCACCCCCAGGACAAGUUUGCCAGGCGAGAAUGAUCACUCGUAUUUCCCUCCUCAAUGGGACGAUCGACCGUCCAUGCCGCCAUCCGAGGUCUCGUACGGAGGUCCCCCAUCCAGCACCCCUGGUGCGCCGCCCUCGGGCUAUAGCCAGUACCCGCCCAACUGGGAAGCUCAGACACCGGGAGGUAACUGGGAUGGCGAGAGACCCGGUCGGUUAGGGAAAAGAAGGGCGAGAGAUGAAGAGGAUGAUGAAUAUGAGCGGAAUAAGAGGGUUGUUUCAGGUCCCGUGGCAGGGCAAGCUUAUAGCAAAAAGGUGACUGUCGUUGCUGAGCACUAUAAUUCUCGACCAGAAGUAGGCGUCGAGCGCCGUGAAUUCUCUCCCAUUAUCGGCCUCAAAAAAUUCAACAACUGGAUCAAAUCUGUGCUCAUUGGGAAAUUUGCUUAUAGGCCUCGAGGAAAAGUUUUAGAUGUAGGGUGUGGAAAAGGAGGCGAUCUGAACAAGUGGAAACAAGCAAGGAUUGCGCUUUAUGUCGGACUCGAUGUGGCAGAUCAAUCUGUACAGCAAGCUGCAGACAGGUACAGGCGGAUGCCGAAACCCGGAUUCGACGCAUUCUUCUAUGCGCAUGAUUGUUUCUCUAAUCCAUUGAGUGACGUUCUCAGCCCCGAGCUUCAGAUCAAAGACCUCUACGACAAUGUCACCAUGCAGUUUUGCAUGCACUAUGCGUUUGAGAAUGCAGCAAAAGCAAGGAUGAUGAUUGAGAAUGUGUCGAGAUACCUUCGCCGGGGAGGUAUCUUUAUCGGGACUAUCCCUAAUGCUGAAUUACUCUUAGAAAGACUGAACGAGCUGCCGGACCGCGAUGAGGAACUUCGAUUUGGCAACUCGUGCUACUCUAUUCAGUUUACAGAGAGAAGACAUAAAGGCGUGUACGGCCACGACUAUCGAUUCUACUUGACAGAUGCGGUGGAGGACGUCCCAGAGUACCUCGUGGACUGGGAAAAUUUCGUCUCGUUGGCUUCCGAGUCUGGACUUCGAUUGGUCUACAAAAAGGCGUUCCAUGAGAUUCUCCAAGAAGAAAAAGAUAGCAGAGAUUUCGGCCCGCUCUUGGGGAAAAUGGGAGUGCUGAACGAGUAUGGGGAAAGUGCGAUGGAUGCGGACCAAUGGGAAGCUGCGAAUUUGUACAUGGGUUUUGCGUUUGAGAAGAUGUGAUUCAACAACAUAAAAUCAUAGACAACUUAAUUGACGACUCAUCAUAUCAUGUGGCCCAUCCUUUUUCUUUUUUUUUUAAUUCGUCGAUUCGUUAAUGGAUAGGGAUGGGGGGGGGGGCUCGGGGCAGGAAGGAGGGAAAGACAACAUAGGAAUACCCGUUUUUCGGGCCUGUCAAGGUCAUUGGGAUUUGAGCACAAAUGGUUGUACUGUAUGUUAAAAGUAUUUUCUUGGCUUCUUUUUUUAGAUACCAUGAGGACAAAAAAAAUGCAUUUGCAGUUUCGCC